UAUAUUUUCUGUAACAAUCUCUCUCUCUCUCCCUCUCCCUCUCCCUCUCUCCCUCUGUGUAAAGACAAAACCAGGGGAAGUAUCUCCUCCCUCCGUUUACCUUCCAUCUUUCCCUUGAAAAUACGCAGCUCUCUAUCUAUCCCCUUUCCUCUCCGUUAAUUCCCUCCCCAAUAAGAUAAAAGAGGAGGGUAAAUGUCUUCGGUUAGUUCAGAUCCGUUCCUAAGAAUCCACCCGCCACCAAUUGAUCACUUCGACCGUCUGCCUGACUCUCUUCUUCUCCUAAUCUUCAACAACAUCGGCGACGUUAAAGCUCUCGGCCGCUGUUGCGUUGUCUCCCGUCGUUUCCAUUCCCUCGUCCCUCAAGUCGAAAACGUCGACGUCCGUGUCGAUUGCGUCAUCUCCGACGACGAUUGUUCCCCGUCUUCUUCCUGCUAUAAAUCACGUGCCGCCGGUGCUUUCUCAAACCUCUUCCGUGUCGUUUUUGGAGGCAUUGUUAAACCCCUUCAAGCAUUGGGUCAAUUCCUCGGCCCUAAACGGUCCAUUCUCAACGAAACCCUUAAAAGCCAUUCUUCUUCCUCUCUAUCCGUUGUUCCCGGAGGUGAUGAUGACGGGGAAAUGGAAGAAGGUGGGGUUACGCACCAUUCCCCUACACAAGUACUUAAGAAUUUCAACGAGAUUCGUUUCCUCCGAAUCGAAUUGCCCGGCGGCGAGUUAGGGGUUGAUGACGGUGUUCUUUUGAGAUGGAGAGCGGAUUUUGGAUCAAUCCUUGAUAACUGCGUCAUCCUAGGAGCUGCCUCCGUUAAUAACAACGUGCAUUUGCAAGUAUCGGAAUUUGGCAAUAUUGGAAUCGGUGAUGAUAAUGGGAGUAUUCCUGAAUCCUUUUAUACUAAUGGAGGCUUGAAAUUAAGGGUUGUUUGGACGAUUAGUUCGUUAAUCGCAGCAUCCGCAAGGCAUUAUUUGCUUCAACCGAUAAUUGCGGAGCAUAAGACCCUAGAUAGAUUGGUUUUAACCGAUGCUGAUGGACAAGGGGUGCUUCGUAUGAACAGGGAUCAGCUUGAGGAGUUGAGGGUGAAGCCAUUAUCUGCUUCCCCCGCAUCGAAAAGGACGCAGGUUCCGGCAUUGAAUAUGAGGCUCUGGUAUGCUCCUCAUUUGGAAUUGCCUAACGGGGUUGUUUUAGAAGGUGCUACUUUGGUUGCUAUUAGGCCUAGUGAACAAUCUGCUUCGAUAAAAGAGGUCUCAGAUGCUUCUUGGUUAUCGACUGCUUUUGAAGAGCCUUAUGGGACGGCGGCAAAUAUGUUGAACAAGAGAAGGACAUACUGCUUGGAGAUGAACUCCUUUUGAUUCCUGUUUCCUCACUUGCAGUGGGCGAGCAGUUCAUUUUGCAUUUUUCAUGGAGAGCAGUCAAGCACUAUGGUCAAGGGUAAGAAGGGGUGGCCUGCUUUCGUAAAGCUGAUGAUCAAGCAACAAAUUUGUUUUGUGUAGUAGCUUAAUCUCGGUGCUGUGUCCUUUGAAAGCAAAACCUAGCUCGGGACUGCCAUUGAAAGCAAUCAAUUAAUGUAGGUAAGAACAAUGCACUGCAAGCUAUUCGGCUUUUGAGCUUCAACUGAUAUCCAAAUGCACCUGCUGGUUGUUUUCAUUUCUGGCAUAUGCUUGUAAGAGUGCACACACCUGUGACUAGAUUGAUGUUGUAAGAACUUUGAAUUUGCAGUCCUUUAACUAUAAUCCCUCUUAUAUGUGAAUAUUGUAGGUACGAAGAUGUCAUCCUU